AUGAACACCCAACACGUGCUCGACAGGGCGUAUGGCUUCAUUCCCAACCACGUCCUUAAACGCGGCUACACCUCGCGUCUCACCUACGCGCUGCAACCAUCGCCCACCGUAACCUUCAGCCAGCACCUACCCGCUCUCGAUGACCCGCACGAGCGCAUACCGGCGCAUAUAUCCGGGGUUAAUGCACUGACAAUCGACAAGUUUGAGGGUCGAUAUCUGCUCUCUGGAGGUGCUGACAGCUCGAUUGCGGUAUGGGAUCUCGAGGCGCAGACUACAGCAACCGAGGCGGGAGAGACAUAUCUCCCCUUGACGGCGGUGAACAAGACAAGCGAAGAGCACAAGUUGGGCAUUACACAGAUACAGUUCUACCCCUUCGAUUCUCUGGCGUUUCUCACGUCGUCGUACGACCACACCGUCAAGCUCUACUCGAGCGAAACGCUCGCGCCAUCUGCGUCCUUCAACCUCGACUCGGUCGUGUACAACAUUGCGCUCUCGCCUGUCGCCUCUCAUCUCCUCGUUGCAUGCGCCACCCAACACCCCAAUGUCCGUCUCGUAGACCUCCGUUCAGGCGCAACUACACACAGUCUUGCGGGCCACUCUGGUGCGAUUCUUUCUACGGCGUGGAGUCCGGUGCGCGAACAUGUUCUUGUCAGUGGAGCUACAGAUGGCAGCAUACGUUUCUGGGACGUACGUCGCAGUGUCGGUGAACUGGGUGUACUGGACCUCGAAGACUCAGUCGGUGUACUAGGGAAACCCACGUCCUUUACUCGCAACUCAAACAACGCUCAAGCACACAGAGACGCUGUGAAUGGGCUCGUAUGGACAGAGGACGGCAAACAUCUAGUCUCUUGCGGACACGAUGCGCGGAUACGCGUCUGGGAUACAGAUACAGGUGCCAAUACUCUUGCAAACUUUGGCCCCAUGGUCAAGAACUCGGGUCUUGCGCCGCGCAUCCCCGUUCUCGCACCAGUGCAGAACCUCCAGCCAGGUUCUGAUCUCAUGUUCUAUCCUAACGAGCACGAGAUCCUUACCUAUGAGCUCUUUGACGGCAAGCUCAUCCGUCGAUUACGCCGCUCACAGCAGCCUCAGACAAAUAACCCGGCCAAUGCGUCCGGUGCUGCAGCGACAAAGGGGCAGCGCAAUAUCAGAGAUAGAAUUACAAGUCUGGCCUGGCGACCACACCAUGUGGAGAUGUACUCUGCGUACGCCGAUGGCAGUAUUGCGACGUGGAAGCCAAGAACAGAAGAAGAAGCCGAACUAGACGAGGAAGAGGAACUCGAACGGAAAGAGAAGGAGGUGGAUAAGAAGAGGAAGAGGGGCGUACUGGAUGAAAUCUACCAGGGUCUGACAAAGAAGCAGAUUACAUUUGGCAACAUGGGCUGA